AAAACGAAAACGGCAAAACGAAAAAAACAAAUGAAAAAUUAUGUGCCAGUUAAGAUUAACUUCGCUUUUCUCAUUAUUCACGGAUAUUAAACACCACUUUCCUUGUGAGUUAAUGUGUUUUCGUUUUCAUAACCUUGUGGGAAAUAACCCAUCCAUAAAGACUCAAGUGUCGAUGUCAGAUGAGAUUUGGUGACACAAUACCGUGCUGAACAAGGACUAUAGUAAAUAUAUGUAUCAUCAAAUCCAUCCAGAGCUGUUUGCUGAAUUACAAGAAAAGUUAUAUAGAAAAAAAUAUGUUUCUCUGAAAUCUUUCCUAUGGAAUCAAAUGGACCUGUAGAAUUUUUUCCGUUAUCUGUGCGUUCAUGCGCAAUAAUUAUUCUGGAAAAGGUUUACAUUUUCUAGUGGGCGGCUCUCGAUGUCCCCCGGCGCCAUCGCCGUUCUUAGCACAAAAUUACUGAAAACUGCCAAACUGUUACUUCACUAUAGGAUUGUGGAUUCGCCUAAGUCAAUUCAAUUAAAUUUAUCGAUCUGGAUUCUAGGAGGAAUGAAAUAUUGUAUUCAAAAAUAAGUGUUCCACAUGGAUGCAAACACGAAAAAACUGACUGACCUCUGUUUCUUGGAAAGCUGCAGUAUCAUAUGCCACGUGUGUCGAAAACCUGUUUUUCUUGUCUGGAGUAUUACAGAUCAAGGGAUAAACCCCUGAAUAGUGGGAAUCCAGUUUCACUUAUCCCUUCUUGGUCUGCUGCCGGAUUGACUGCGGCUGUCUUUCAAGCAGACUGGCAAGAAGGAUGAAUACUUUUUCAUUUAUCACUUUAAGUCUUCAGGGGACAAUUUUCGUCUUCUCGUUUUGCCUAGGUGCUCAUGGACAGACAGCACAGCCCCUUCUCACGUGUAACUCCGCGAGGAAAACUUGCGAGUUAAAUCGAAGCUUUCUUCAAGACAUUGCAAAACUUCCUUUGCCUAUUCGAGUCAUAGCAAUGCAUGGGGAUGCAAAAGUGGACAAACGGAUGCUUUGGAAGAUGAUCAACCACGUUUGGAAUGGAGCAAAUCACACGUUCGUCGAGGAAAUCUUUCAGACUGGUGACGGUUUCGCGCCCCUCACGCGCGGAGUGUGGGCGUAUAUCACGCAGAACAAAGAGGGAAGCAUUAUUUUACUGGACGUGGAAGCCGACGAUCUUGUCGACGAGACCCUUGAAGCGCAUCUUCACAUGUUUACGGGAAUGAUUUCGUCUGGUUUGAAUAUUAUGGUUCGCGAGUACAUUCAAAACAGCGACUUGCAGUCUCUUUAUUAUUUAACGCGCCUGAAUGAACUGAUAUUUCCGAAUUCCAGCGGUGGAAACUUUCCCAAACUCCGAGUAACCGUGAGCGGUGGGGUAAAAGAUCCAACCGGCCGAUCUGUUGAAGAUUACACCAGGGAUUUCAUAGCGGGGCACUCUUUCCAAAAAGGUAUGGUAGAGGAGAGAAAGAUCAUCGCAAAGUACUUCCCAAGGAACGAAAUUGCCGUAAGUGAAAUUCCACUAGUUGAAGAUCACGCACUUUUUAAGGACUUUGAAAAGCUGUCCGGAAGUGACUACCUGAAAGCGAUGGUUACCUUAGCAACACAAUUAACGGAAUUUCCAAUAAAGAGAAACAGCGAAGGAAGGCCUAUGCAUGGUGUUGCGCUUACAAAGCUUAUUGAACGACUCACAGAAACCCUUAGCGCAGGUGGGUGGAUGAACUUUGCAAAUAUUUACAACACAAUUGAAAGCAAUAUUUGCAAGAGGAGCGAGGCCAAGUUCCUAAGACCGCUUUUCAAACUGGGAUCAGGGCAGAUAGAAUUUGAUGAGAGAAACCUUCUGGAUGCAUUCAAGAAAGAUUGCCGACUGGACAGUACGAUUAUAUCUGCCAGGAAAAAGCUACAGCAAAUAAUUCAAGCAAAAAAGACAUUGGAAGAUUUAGAGAUCGCUCUCGCGGAAAAUGAAAGCAAGAAAAUGGAAGAGGUGGAGAAACGAGCUAACACAGAAGAGGAAAUUCAGAAAAUAAUUGAAGGCAAAGACAAAGAGAUCGCUGAAGAAACCAAAGCUCGCAAGGAAGCUGAACGAAAAGUUCAGGAUCUUUUGGAAAAGCUGAACACUUGCAAGUCGCUAUUAAUAGCGCAAAUCGAGAGAGGAUGGAUUUACGCAUUGCGAUCAGCCCUCAGUGAUGAAGAAAUCCCUGCUGAAUCAAAGUUGCUUUACAGCAAGGCUCGAGAGAAGAAAGAAGCUCGAGAAGACGACACGAAUUGCAACAAAAUGUAUCAGGACGAAAUAAAAACGCUGAAGGAGAAUCAAAAGCGAAUUAUCGAUGCCUUAGAGACAAAAUAUUCCCUUCGUGAAUUGUCAGAGGCUCUGAUAAAAGUGUUGAGUCUUUGUAGUAGUGUCAUGGGACUCGCGCUUCAGAUAAGAGCACUACUUCGUUAAAGAGACUGUAUUAUACUGCUUUAUCGAGGUGAAACUUCCUCCAGUUGAAAAAACAAAACUUGUCCUGCCACUGGAAGUUUCUAAUGUGCUAAUUGUACAAAGGUCUUUAUUGUCUUUAUUCAGCUUGUAAUUUACUGUCAUGAUAUUUCAAAUGAAUUCAAGCUGUUAGACAUUACUCUCGUAUUAUGCUGUUUGUAUAGGUAAUCGUACGGUUACGAGUUCAAUUUGGAAUCAAUUUGCACGAGUGAGUUU